AUGGCAUACAGCUACUCGACUUUACCAGGUUUCUUCCCCGACUACAUGCCCGAUGCUACACCCGAGCAGGCUCUUACGCCUGUGUGCGGCGACUGGCCUGCGCUACGAGCCCUCUUCGCUGACGCACAAGCGAACUGUCCGCCGAAUGUUGCCAUCAAGCUUCUCCUCGUUGCACGACACUGUCAAGGCGAGCACAACGCAAUGGACGAGCUGCAUAUUCCAAAGAACCAUGGGUUCACGCUUACGGAGCACCGCAAGGAGAUGGGGAGGAUCGGCCGACACCACCCGCUCUUCGACCCUGGCCUCUCUCCCAAGGGACAGGAUCAAGCCAAGGCUCUCGCGGAGGCCGUAAAGGAUCAGACGAUGAAAGGGAUGCCGGUCCCCAUGCAAUUUGUCAGCCCCGCUAAGCGUGCGGUGGAGACGUGGCAAGCUACAUGGGGCACCCCGCCGGCGGGCGCGGUAGGGCAUUCUGGACCGAUGGUCCUCGAGGGUCUCCGUGAGAAGCUGCACGUCCACCUGUGCAACGCGCGCCGGCCCCUCUCGGUCCUCAAAGCCGAUCAUGCCCGUCUUAUCUGCCCGCCUCAAAUGGCCGAGCUGGAUCCAUGGUGGCAGCCCGGCGAGGACUGUCGGUAUGAACGGUCGGAUACCCAACCACCUGCCGAGCAGAUGCAGCGAGAGCUUAGAGGCAGAGAGACUGAGGAGGAGAUGUACAGCCGCGCCCAGACAGCGUUAGGAGAGAUCAUGCGGCACAGUGAGGGACAAGCUUACGUCAGCAUCACGAGCCACUCGUACUUCCUCAAAGAGCUGUUCAAGGUCCUGGGCAGUCCGAGUCGGGAACUGAGGGAAGGCGAGAUCUGUCCCCUGGUGGUCCGGGUGGAGACAAAGGCGUGA